AUGGGCUUUGCCCUGGAGCGCUUCGCCGAAUCGGUGGACCCAGAUUUCCAGUGCAGAGUGUGCGGCCAGGUGCUGGAGGAGCCCCUGUGCACGCCGUGCGGGCACGUCUUCUGCGCCGGCUGUCUGCGGCCCUGGGCGGCGCGGCGGCGCCGGUGCCCGCUGCAGUGCCGGCCCCUGGCGCCGGGCGAGCUGUACCGGGUGCUGCCUCUGCGCAGCCUCGUCCAAAAGCUGCGGAUCCAGUGCGACUACCGCCCCCGCGGCUGCGGCCGCUCCGUGCAGCUGAGCGAGCUGGCGGCGCACGUCGAACGCUGCGACUUCGGCCCUGCCCGCCGCCGCCACCGGGGCAGCGCUUCCCGGCCGGACGGCCCAGGCAGUGGGGACCGGUCGGUGCGGGGGAGCUGCCGCUCAGCGCCCGGGAUCCGCCGCGGCGGGGGCGGGGGCGCACGCGGGGGGUCGCCGGGCGUCAGCGGCCGGAGCUGUAGGGCGCCCGGGCCUCGAGUCUGGAGGCGACGCGAGAAGGCUCUGCUAGCGCAGCUCUGGGAGCUGCGGGGCGAGGUGCGGCUCACCGCCCGCAGGUACCAGGAGAAGUUGACCCAGUACAUGGCUCACGUCCGCAACUUCGUCAGGGACCUGGGUGGCGGCCACGACCUGGAAGGAGAACAUAAGCCACUCACUAUUGUAUUAGAAAGAGAAAAUGACACUUUGGGAUUCAAUAUUAUAGGAGGUCGACCAAAUCAGAAUAAUCAAGAAGAAACACCAAUGGAAGGCAUUUAUGUUUCAAAAAUUUUGAAAAAUGGACCUGCUGAUAGAGCAGAUGGCCUGGAAAUUCAUGACAAAAUCAUUGAGGUCAAUGGGAAGGAUCUCUCAAAGGCUACCCAUGAAGAGGCAGUGGAAGCUUUUCGAAAUGCCAAGGAACCUAUCGUGGUCCAGGUGCUAAGGCGAACGCCUCUCAGUAAACCAGCCUAUGGGACAGCCCCAGAAGUGCGACUCAUGAAUGCCAGCACUCAGACAGACAUCACCUUUGAACACAUAAUGGCCCUGGCCAAACUUAGGCCACCCACCCCUCCAGUGCCCGACAUCUGUCCAUUCCUGCUCUCAGACAGCUGCCAUUCUCUCCAUCCAAUGGAGCAUGAAUUUUAUGAGGACAAUGAGUAUCUUUCCAGCUUACCCGCUGAUGCAGACAGAACAGAGGACUUUGAAUAUGAGGAGGUCGAGUUGUGUCGUGUUAGCAGUCAAGAGAAGCUGGGCCUGACAGUCUGUUACCGAACGGAUGAUGAAGAAGACACCGGCAUUUAUGUCAGCGAGGUAGAUCCAAACAGCAUUGCUGCCAAAGAUGGCCGAAUUCGAGAAGGGGAUCGUAUUUUGCAAAUAAAUGGGGAAGACGUCCAGGAUCGCGAGGCGGCAGUGGCCCAGCUGUCUAGCGAUGAGUGCAGGAGAAUCCUGCUGCUGGUUGCAAGGCCAGAGAGUCAGGUGGAUGAAGGCUGGCUGGAAGAUGAAAGGAAUGAAUUCUUAGAGGAGUUAAACUUGGCGAUGUUGGAAGAACAGCAUAAUGAAGCAAUGCCGCGCCCUGCCGAUGAGGUGGAGCAGCCAAAAAAACAAGAAGAAGAAGAAGGCACAACAGAUACAGCAACAUCCUCAUCCAACAACCAUGAGAAGGACAGUGGAGUGGGGCGCACAGAUGAAAGCUUGCGGAAUGACGAGAGCUCAGAGCAGGAGAAUGCAACCGAGGAUCCCAAUGGCACAUCUCUGAAAAGCAAAAGAGAGCUGGGGCAGAGCCAAGACACUCUGGGAAGCGUUGAACUUCAGUGCAAUGAGAGUUUUGUGUCUGGCGAAUACAUUGACUCAGACUGUAUUGGCAACCAAGAUGAGGAGUGUGAAAGAUUUCGGCAGCUCUUGGAGCUCAAAUGCAAGAUAAGGAAGCGUGGGGAGUAUGACCUGUAUUACUCAAGCAGCACAAUAGAAUGUAAUCAGGGAGGACGAGAGGGAGUGGAGCACGAACUGCAGUUGCUUAAUGAAGAACUGAGAAACAUUGAACUUGAGUGCCAAACUAUCAUGCAGGCUCACAGGCUCCAGAAAGUGACAGACCAGUAUGGAGAUAUCUGGGCAUUGCAUGAUGGAGGAUUCCGAAGUUAUAACACCAGCAUAGACACCCAGAGGGGAAAACUAGAUGACAUCCUUGAACACCCAGAAAAGUCAGACAAAGACAGUUCCAGUGCUUACAACACAGCUGAAAGUUGCAGAAGCACUCCACUCACUGUGGACCGUUCCCCUGACAGUUCCCUUCCAAGAGUGAUCAGCCUCACCAAUAAGAAAAACCUGAGAAGCACAAUGGCAGCCAACCAGUCCUCUUCCGGACAGAGCACUAAAGAGUCAACCUGCACCAAAGCCAAAACCUCUGAACAAGGCUGUGUCAUUGAAGGCAAAGAGAAGACUUCAGAAAGCAGCAAGCUUUCUGAUCCAGAGAAAACCAGCAGUGAACACAUCCCUUAUCUCUCCCCUUACCACAGCUCCUCCUAUAGAUGUGCAAACAUCCCAGCACACGCCAGGCAUUAUCAAAGCUACAUGCAGUUAAUUCAACAGAAGUCCGCAGUCGAGUACGCUCAGAGUCAGCUCAGCUUGGUGAGCGUGUGCAAGGAGUCUCAGAAGUGCUCAGAACCCAAGAUGGAAUGGAAGGUGAAAAUCAGGAGCGAUGGGACGCGGUACAUCACCAAGAGACCCGUGCGGGACCGCAUUCUAAAGGAGCGUGCCUUAAAGAUCAAGGAGGAACGGAGUGGCAUGACCACGGACGAUGACACCAUGAGCGAGAUGAAGAUGGGGCGCUACUGGAGCAAAGAGGAGAGGAAGCAACACUUGGUACGGGCGAAGGAGCAGCGGCGUCGCCGAGAGUUCAUGAUGCGGAGCCGGCUGGAGUGUCUCAAGGAGAGUCCCCAGAGCGGCAGUGAGGCCAAGAAGGAGGUCAGCAUCAUUGAACUGAGUCACAAAAAGAUGAUGAAGAAGAGAAACAAGAAAAUUUUGGACAACUGGAUGACAAUCCAAGAACUGAUGACCCAUGGGGCCAAGUCCCCUGAUGGUACACAAGUUCCUAAUGCCUUUUUGUCUGUCACCACGGUAUGA